AUGAGCAGCGAACUAUUCGAAUACCUCGCUCAGAACGAGGGGGACUUCCGAAAAGCCCGGCUCCCAGCCCUUUAUUCAGACUUCACGCCCCAACGAACCCUGAACCCGGAUGGCUAUGCUGCCAAUGUCGCAGCAUGGAAACGUGGACUGUCGGCAGCUCUGUUGUCCGGCCAUGCACCAACGCGAUCACCCCACAAAUCCCAUUUCGUCCUCGAGCUCGACGACUCGUUGCUUCGAUCACUGGAGAGCAAACAACUGGGCCAGCCCCUUGCUCUUGGCGCCGUGUUGGCCGAGGCUGUUGGAAAUGGCGAGAUGAUACCAAGGAAGCAGUUCCUGGCUAGCAGAGAAAGCAUCUACUACAAGAGCUGGGGUUCGUUGGGCUGGAAGGUCGCCAAAUGGGGACUGCGUCAAGCCGGACUCGUUGGCGCUCCCGGCGCGGACGGAAAGAUGCCCAAAGGCCAGUUCGUGGUUCUGUCAAAUCUCGAGACCGGCGCAAAGAGCUUCGGCAAAGUGACGAGCGAUCGGGUGAGCAGAUUCGAAAGGACAUUUUCGAAAGCACAUUUCAAGAAAACGUUUGAGAAUGGACUCCUGGACGGCCAGACAUUAUCAGAGGCAGACUUUGAGGUGUUGCUCAAGUUCCUCACCAGAGAUAAGGAGAUUUUAGCUACGGAUGGGAACAUCGUCAAGAUACGGACGUCAGAAACAGAAGGCGCCACGAUAACGGCAGAGGAUAGCGCGAUUGCGAAUCUGAAGGAGCUUAUGGAGGACUUGACGAAACAAACCGAGGUGUUGAGCAGGCGCAUCGAGGAGCUCAGCACCGCUGCCAAGGAAGCGGUGAUGAAGAAGAAUAUGGUGUCGGCUCGUGCGGCUCUCAAGUCCAAAAAACUUGCCGAGACGAAUCUAUCCAACAGAUACUCUACGCUUCAUCAGCUGGAAGAGGUAGCAGCCAAGAUUGAGGAGGCGUCAGACAACGUUCAGCUCGUCAAGGUCAUGCAGAGUAGUACCACAGCCCUGAAGAGUCUGAAUACCCAAGUCGGUGGUGCGGACAAGGUUGACGCGGUAUUCGAUGCGCUACGCGAGCAAAUGGGCGAGGUAGACGAAGUGGGCAACAUCAUUGCCGAAUCUGGUCCAACGGCUACAGUGGACGACGCAGAAGUCGACGAGGAGUUUGAGGCUAUGCUUGCUGAGGAACGGGAGAAGGAGGAAGAGAUCGAGAGGAAGAAGAAGGAAGCAGAAGAAUCAAAGCAGGCGGAGGAGACCCGGAAACGACUCGCCGACUGGAGACUUGGAGAGCAUGUCUAUUGA